CGCCCGGGCGGGGUUCGGCCGGGCGAGCCAGUGGCGGCGGCCCCACAGGGUCCGGAGGGGACGCCGCUCGUCCCGCAGAGCGGGGGGCGAGGACGGCGGCGGGGUCGGGCUGCGCGGAGGCCGGCUCGGCCCGGGUCGGUGCGGCUAAUUGGGCCGCCCGUGUAGGUUGACCCCGAGAGGAGAGGUUACGAGCCCGUCGCAGGGACGUUUCGUUACGUCACGCUGGUGUCCUUGGAGCCGGGGUCUCACAAGGUCACUCGUGAAGUGUUGAGAGCUUUGCAGCAUAAGCUUAAAUCGACUCAGAAGGACAAAGUUCGCCAGUUUAUGGCAUGUACUCAGGCUGGUGAGAGAACUGCCAUCUACUGCCUAACGCAGAAUGAGUGGAAGCUAGACGAGGCCACAGACAGCUUCUUCCAAAACCCAGACGCGUUCCACAGGGAGUCCAUGCGGAACGCUGUGGACCAGAGGAAGCUGGAGCAGCUGUAUGGCAGGUAUAAAGACCCGCAGGAUGGAGACAGAAUCGGGAUUGAUGGGAUUCAGCAGUUCUGUGAUGAUCUGCGGCUGGACCCUGCCAGCAUCAGCGUGCUGGUCAUAGCGUGGAAGUUCAGGGCUGCCACUCAGUGUGAAUUCAGCAGGAAGGAAUUCAUGGACGGCAUGACAGAGCUUGGGUGUGACAGCACUGAGAAGCUGAAAGCCCUCCUGCCCAGGCUGGAGCAAGAGCUGCAGGACUCCGUGAAGUUCAAGGACUUCUACCAGUUUACCUUUACCUUUGCUAAAAGCCCUGGGCAGAAGGGCCUAGAUUUAGAAAUGGCUGUUGCAUAUUGGAAAUUAGUGUUAUCGGGAAGGUUUAAAUUUUUAGAUCUUUGGAACACAUUCCUGCUGGGGCGUGGCCUGUCCUCAUCGAUGACUUUGUGGAGUAUGCUCGGCCCGUGCUCACCGGUGGAAAACGCAGCUGAAGGUGGAGUGGGGUGUGCAGCCAGCUCCCGUCCUGCAGGCACGCCGGGUGGUGCUGGGUGCCUCACUGCCAGCCUCAGAUGCCGCCCUUCCCUCCCGGAGCCGGAAUGCCACCCUCCUCUGCUCAGAGCCGCAGUGGCUGGUGCAGGCUCUGUGGGGCAGCUCCCCACAGGACAGCUGCUGCUCCAGGAGUCAGCAGGCUUGCUGUAGCUGCUGCUUUAGGAGAGUCCUGUCUGAUGCAUGUUCGGGUGAACACCAGCAGCCACCAAGUUGUAUCACAGUCGCAUUGUACUCACACGCGAAAAGCGGUGUUUGUGUCCUGGGGAGGAUGUAGUUUUGUGCAAGUCGGAACAGUCUCGGUGCCAGGAGUUGAGAGGUUUAUCCUGACCUAAGGGUCAUCUAGGAAUCCAGUGCUGCCCCUCCUGGUAGUUUUGCUGUCUGUCUUCUUGGAUAUCCAUUUUUAUCUGAAAACCAUUUUAUAUUUAAGACCCCACUGUCAUCUGCAGUGAUGGCCUGUGUGGUGUGACUCCAGCCAGAUUAAACUGCGUCAAGCCCGUGGGCCUGUUGUACUUCUAAUAAUGUUAUUUCACCUUCCUGGGAAGUUUCAUACUUUUAAUAUAUUUUAUUUUAAAAGAAAUCUUUCCAUGAAAAAAUAUUUAUUUUUUAAGUGGUGAAUUGCAAAUUAAAAAAUAAUGAAAUGCACUGGUUCCUUUCAUCUGUCUGUGAUACCCACGGUGCCUGGUGUCUGGCCCUUCUUACAGUCAUUGUCCAAAGCACCCACACCUGAAACCUUCCUUUCCUUUGGAGCUGCAGCGUGACUUCACCACCCAUCACUGCUGCUCCAGAGCCUCCUGGCCCAGGCCCACUCGUGCACACAGGUGUAGAGGCCUGGAUGCUGCUGCUCCUGUUGAGCUCUGAACAGAACUGUGCUGACCUCACCUUGCACUUACAAGACCUUGUGCCGCAGCGUGCCUUGCAACACGCCAUGGAGCAGAUGGCUGGGGCUCUCCCGCCAUUUUCAGUGUCCUGUGCACACAGUGUGCACCCCAGACUGCCCUGUGUUGAGCUGAAUGGACAUGCUGCAGCCGUAGGAAACAGCCCCUCAAGGGUCAUGUGCCCUGCUACCUGAGUAACUGCCAGGGCCCAAGUGGAAGCCUUGCAGAGGCCAGCAGGGAUGGAGGAUUGGAGGACGAGGCUAGUCACUCAGGAUGGGCCACGUGACCCUCCUGGGGUUCUCCUGCCUUGUCUGAAACAGGAAACUGCCAUCUCUCAGUCUGACUCAGCAUUUCUCCAAUAAAAUAAACUGACUUCAAUAAAAACCCAAGAACAGUACAGCACCCCUCUAGGCUGCCUGGACUCUUGUGUAAUUGUUCUCUUGAGAGACAUUUGUAGAAUUCAGAGACUAAGUGAUGGAGGUCCUCAGUCCUUCUGUUCAAGGCUUGAAAUUCUGUGGGGCUCUCAGUGAACACUGCAGUGUUGGUAUCUGUCUGAUACUGAAAUGGAACUGGUCAGACUUCAAAAACCUGCGCUCGUUGCUUCCAUUAUUGACGCUUGAGUUGUGCAUGCUGCGAAGACGCUAAGAACUUCGGAAACACUUCAAUAAAACAUUUUCCCCAG